UUCCGUGCGCCGGGGAGAGGGCCGCGCCGCCCGGGCUGAGCCGCGCCGGAAUGUCCCGCUGACCGCGUCAGUCAUGCAGCCUUGACGGGGCGCUCGGGCGCGGGGACCAGCCGCGGGGCGCGCCCUCCCGGGACGGGGCAACGGGCGCGGGCAGCAGGACUUUACCGCCGACUCCAGCCCCGCUGGGUGCCCAGUCAUCCACCAUGGAGCCCGUGACCAAGUGGAGCCCCAAACAAGUGGUGGACUGGACUAGAGGGUUAGAUGAUUGCCUGCAGCAGUAUGUCCACAAGUUUGAACGGGAGAAGAUAAAUGGAGAGCAGCUGCUGCAGAUUUCCCAUCAGGAUCUUGAGGAGCUGGGUGUCACACGAAUUGGACACCAGGAACUUGUGUUGGAGGCUGUCGACCUUCUCUGUGCACUGAAUUAUGGCCUUGAAACUGACAAUAUGAAGAACUUGGUUCUGAAACUGCGAGCAGCUUCCCACAAUUUACAGAAUUACAUAAGCAGCCGGAGAAAAAGUCCAGCCUAUGAUGGGAACACCUCCCACAAGCCCCCCAAUGAGUUCCUGACUUCUGUGGUGGAGCUCAUAGGCGCUGCCAAGGCCUUGUUAGCUUGGCUGGACCGGGCUCCAUUUACAGGGAUCACUGAUUUCUCAGUAACGAAGAACAAAAUCAUUCAGCUUUGCUUGGACCUGACCACUACAGUCCAGAAGGAUUGCCUUGUAGCAGAAAUGGAGGAUAAAGUUUUGGCUGUAGUCAAGGUUUUAAAUGGCAUCUGUGAUAAAACAAUCCGAUCUACCACGGAUCCUGUCAUGAGCCAGUGUGCGUGUCUGGAAAAAGUUCACUUACCAAACAUUAAACCUGGGGAGGGCUUGGGCAUGUACAUCAAAUCAACCUAUGAUGGACUGCACGUGAUUACUGGAACCACAGAAAAUUCUCCUGCAGACAGAUCUCAGAAGAUUCAUGCUGGUGAUGAAGUCAUUCAGGUUAAUCAGCAAACUGUGGUGGGAUGGCAGCUAAAAAAUCUGGUGAGAAAGUUGAGAGAGAAUCCUACAGGAGUUGUGUUACUGCUUAAAAAGCGGCCCACGAGUUCCUUCAACUUCACUCCCGCCCCCCUGAAAAACCUACGAUGGAAACCACCUCUGGUCCAGACCUCGCCUCCGCCCACGACCACUCAGUCCCCGGACAGCACGAUGGACGCCUCACUGAAGAAGGAGAAGCCGGCCAUCCUGGAUCUUUAUAUUCCUCCUCCACCGACCGUUCCCUACUCCCCCCGGGAAGAGAAUGGGAGUUCUGUUUACGGAUUCAGUAAAUGUAAACAGCCACAGCCUGGUCCUAAGGGUUCUGAGUCGCCCAAUUCCUUCCUGGACCAGGAAAGCCGGAGACGGAGAUUUACCAUCGCUGAUUCUGAUCAGCUGCCUGGGUAUUCCGUGGAAACCAAUAUUCUGCCCACAAAAAUGAGAGAGAAAACACCAUCCUACGGCAAGCCCCGGCCUUUGUCCAUGCCUGCGGAUGCGAGCUGGAUGGGGAUUGUGGACCCUUUUGCUAAACCUCGAAGUCAUGGGAGGAAAAGUGAGGACGGCCUUUGCCGGUAUUUCAGUAAUGAGCGGAUCUCUCCGAUCAUCGAAGAAAGGUCAUCCCCAUACCGUUUCUCAAGGCCCACGACCGAGAGGCAACUGGUCCGAGGUGCAGACUACAUCCGAGGCAGCAGGUGCUACAUCAGUUCAGAUCUCCACAGCAGCGCCACGAUUCCAUUCUCAGAGGAAGGGACCAAAAAGAAAGCCAGCUCCUCGGCAGCUAAGUCCUCUUCUCCAGAACCGUCCCUGCUGGUCAGCUGGUUUACUCGCCUGAAACUAUUGACUCACUGAGCCCUGCAUUCCCGGGACCCUCCCUGUCUCCUGCUACCAAGUGCCUUGCUUCCACAAUCAGCAACUUGUUCUGAUUUUCAUCCACAGUAUUAUGCAGCGACUUUAUGCGAUUUCGUGGGUUUUCUUUUAUCUUUUUUUCGUUUUUUUAGAAAGUUGUGUACUGCACUUGGAACUUUGAAGUCAUUGGAUGGGAAUAAAUCCAGAGAAUCUUAGAUGCUGGCUUAUGGAGACCAAAGGAGAGAAAUGGGGAGAGUCUGCUUUUUUUUUUUUUGCUUCCUUAAGAGUCGGAACACGGAGACACCCUCUCUAAACCAGAGCCUUGGCCGGGAACGUUACGGUCAUUAUGAGGAGCUGGGCCAUUGUUCUUUUUAGGGGGGUGGGCCUAGAGUUGGUGGCCGCUGUCACACAGAUGUGUUGGGUUUUGGUCCAACUUCUUCACCUGAAAAAGCCAGUGGAGAAAACGGUUUUGUUUUGAUUUUUCAAGCUAUAUACCACAUGUGUAAGUGUAGCAGCUUUGACUUUGAAAUAACACGUGAGAAGCAUCUGAUGCUCUUUCAGAGCAGAGGUUUGAGUGUAGGCCAGUUACACUUAGUUAAUGCCCUUUUCAUAAGUCUCAGCGUAAGUCAGUUAGUACAGAAACACGUGAAGAUGUUUAGGUAGGGCUUACUACACACAGAGAAGUUUAUGGUUAUUUGUGAAGCGUGUUGUAUAUUAUUGUCUUUAAGGGAAAAGAAGCUAUAAGAUUUGCUGACAGCCAAAGUUUCAUUGAGAAAAAGGAAGCACCCAUACUUAGGUUUAUGAGAGAGACAUCAGUUUGCAUUUUGACCUGUUCAAUGACUAUCUUCUAGAAAAGAAUGGACAGUUCUUCAAAAUUGUACACAUUUUGCUAAUUAGAAAUCUUGGAAAAUCUCACGGUCACUCAUUUUCAACUAGCAUCAGGUAUUUUGGAAAAGUGUGUCUGGAUAUUAACUCUUGUUUAAACUGAAUGUAUGAUAUUUUGCUAGAACGGAAAAGUACUAUCUUGUUAAUUUAAGUGUUUUAAAUAUAGUUGUAUAUUUUUCUUACUCUUAGUCACAUGUAAUUGAUAUAUUUCUGUUUUGUGUCCUACAUGAAGCUAACGAAAAAAGUGUUCAGGAUGUUUUCAGGUUUACCGGUGACCACCUCGGCUGUUGCCACUGUGGGCACUAUUGUUCAAAAAGCAAAAUAAACCCUCCCAACCAUUUUAGGAUUUUAUGGAUUAGAAAUGGGGGCGUUGAGGGAGCGUGUGUGAAGUAAAAUUACAUUCGGAGAAUUUUCUGAGCUGUAUCCCUGGGCAAAGCUGGUAUCUCCUGUUCAAAAAUAUCUUCCCCUCAUCCCUUGAAUUGUCUACUUUGCUGAACUGCCUGAAAUUGGAGAUUCCUUGCAGUUAACAUCUUCCUUUUAAAAUGCCUCUGGCGGGACUUCCCUGGCGGUCCAGUGGUUAAAACUCCACGCUUCCAAUGCAGGGGGUGCAGGUUCAAUCCCUGGUCGGGGAACAAAGAUCCCACGUGCUGCACGUUUCGGCCAAAACAUUUUAGAAAAAUAAAAGCCUCUGGUGGGGUUAAGGGAGCUGGGAACCACUCGCAUAUUAGCGUGAAUGAAUUCAGUCAGGCUGUUUGCCUGUCAACCAACCCCCAAGGGAACUGCAGUGAAGAUAUAGUUGUUUCAUGGGGAAUGAAAAGGGGUUUGGCCAGUGGAGGAAAGAAGAGGCUUGGAAUGCGUGAUUCAUUGGAUGCUUGACAAUACAGUAUAAGGGCAGAGCGGGGGCGGGGAAGUCUGGUAACAGGGCACUGAUGACUAGGAGGGACCAUAGAAAAGGGGGAGAGCCAACCCUUGCCCUUUGACUGUUAGCGUGGCCCAGAAAAUGGGGUGGCAACUCUUCCUCGCACUCUCCAGAUCACUCUCAGAUCCCCUGAGUAAUGAGUUUAGUGGUUUUGGAGCUCUUAGCUGGAGGUCAGCCCCUUUUCUGUGGAGUAAAUGUCCUUUGUGAUCAAAUGACCAUCCUUAAAUGAAUUUUCAGUGCCCAACUCAAGUACGGUAAUUGUACCCAAUCAGUGUUUUUCAGACUGUUCCCUGAAGUCCUAAGGGGAGGCCACAGAAGUUUCUGGAUUCUCUACCUUCAAUCAGCCUCCACCGCUUCAUUUUUAUUUUUAUUUGGGAUUUUCUCCUGAAAUGUGUUUGAGAAAUAGAUUGCUGCUUAAAGAAGUUUCUAUGUAUCUUUACUGUUGACAUAUAUAAUUAAUAGUUUAAUACUAAUUUCUUAGAAAUUAAUGGAAACUGCUUGCCUCAGUAAUAAUCCAGGUUUAAUGGUAGACGUGUGAACAUAUGAAG